AUGACACAAGUGUGCUGCCUGCGCUCUGACACACACCGCUCACCAACGCUUCACUCUGAGCGCAAGUUUGCAGCUGCUGAGUGCAGUGACCUCCAGCCGGACCUCAGGGAAACCUCCCUGGGGACACGUUUGUUCACACAAGUAGACACUAACGGCGCCAUGCAGGAGUCCGAGCCCACAGUCUGCCAGCUGCAGCCCAACAUCAUCUCUGUGCGUCUCUUCAAGAGGAAGGUGGGCGGGUUGGGCUUUCUGGUGAAGCAGAGGGUCUCCAAGCCGCCUGUCAUUGUGUCCGACCUGAUCCGGGGUGGAGCGGCUGAGGAGUGUGGCCUGGUGCAGGUGGGAGACAUCGUGUUGGCUGUAAACAACAAACCGCUGGUGGAUCUUUCGUACGAGAGGGCCCUGGAGACGUUGAAGAAUGUGUCUCCCGAGAGCCAUGCGGUGCUGAUCCUGCGCGGGCCAGAGGGCUACACCACCCAUCUGGAGACAACUCUGUCCGGAGAUGGGCGUCAGCGCACGGUCAGGGUUACCCGGCCGACCAUCCCCGCAUCCAAGUCCUAUGAGCACUGUGCGGCACAACUCAGAGCGAUCGAAAACCUGUCGUCUCCUUCCAUCACCCACUCCAUCCUGCAGAGGGGAGGGGUGCAGGACCCUCUGCUGCUGCGAGAUGGGGGUCGCUCCACUCUGCUCUGUAAUGGGCUGGAGGAGAAUGACCUGCUCAAGGAGAUCGAACCGGUCCUGCGCCUCAUCAAGAACAGCAAGCGAGAGAUCAACGGGGAAGGCCAGCGGAAUGUUGCCAGGAAGGACGUGGAGAUUCAAGUAUCCUGGGAUCAUGGCGUGGGAAAUGGGACGUCCCCACAGCUGGUGCAGGAGAAUGACGAGGCACUGGAAAACAUGCAUGUGGAGCUCUGCCGCGACCCUGCUAAGUCUCCAGCCCAGGGCAAGAUGUCGCCCACCAAGUCUCAGCAGAAUGGCAGCCCCUCAAAGUGCCCCCGCUUCAUGAAGGUGAAAAACUGGGAGACUGGCACAGUCUACAAUGAUGUACUGCACCAGGGCUCAAGUAAGAUUUGUAAUGAGAACGUGUGCUUGGGCUCGGUGAUGAUGCCAAACCACUCCGUUCGCAAAGAGGAGAGCAGGGGCAAAGAAGAGCUACUGUCAUUGGCUAAAGACUUUUUUGACCAGUACUACACCUCCAUUAAAAGGUCUGGCUCCAAGGCCCACAUGGACAGGUUGGAUGAAGUGACUAAGGAAAUUGAAUCAUCCGGAUCGUAUCAGCUCAAAGACACAGAGCUCAUCUAUGGAGCCAAACACGCCUGGAGGAAUGCUGCACGCUGCGUGGGGAGGAUCCAGUGGUCCAAACUUCAGGUUUUUGAUGCACGAGACUGCACCACGGCUCAUGGAAUGUACAACUACAUUUGCAACCACAUCAAGUACGCCACCAACAAAGGCAACCUGAGAUCGGCUAUUACAAUUUUCCCGCAAAGAACUGAUGGUAAACACGACUUUCGUGUAUGGAACAGCCAGCUCAUCAGAUAUGCAGGUUACAAGCAGUCUGAUGGCAGCAUCAUAGGAGAUCCUGCAAAUGUAGAAUUCACUGAGAUUGUCAUGCAGCUGGGAUGGAAGGCUCCAAAGGGACGGUUUGAUGUCUUGCCCCUGCUGCUGCAAGCUAAUGGAAAUGACCCUGAGCUUUUUGAAAUCCCAGAGGAUCUUGUCCUGGAGGUGCCCAUUACGCAUCCAAAAUUUGAAUGGUUCAAAGACCUGGAUCUGAAAUGGUAUGGCCUUCCCGCUGUAGCCAACAUGCUUCUGGAGGUGGGAGGCCAGGAGUUCACUGCUUGCCCCUUCAGUGGCUGGUACAUGGGCACAGAGAUAGGAGUGAGGGACUUCUGUGACGCUUCUCGAUAUAACAUUCUAGAGGAGGUCGCAAAGUUGAUGAAUCUGGACACAAGAAAGACUUCCUCCUUGUGGAAAGACAAGGCUUUAGUGGAGAUAAACAUAGCAGUUCUCCACAGUUUCCAGACGUGUAAAGUGACCAUAGUUGACCACCACUCUGCAACAGAAUCCUUUAUGAAACACAUGGAGAACGAGUACAGAGUUCGAGGUGGUUGUCCUGGAGACUGGGUUUGGAUUGUGCCUCCGAUGUCAGGAAGCAUCACACCAGUGUUUCACCAAGAAAUGCUAAACUACCACCUCUCUCCUUCUUUUGAGUAUCAGCCUGAUCCAUGGAACACUCAUGUGUGGAAAGGGGUUAAUGGGACGCCUACAAAGAAAAGGGCAAUUGGUUUCAAAAAGCUUGCCAAGGCUGUGAAGUUUUCGGCCAAGCUGAUGGGACAGGCCAUGGCAAAGAGGGUGAAAGCCACCAUACUGUUUGCCACAGAGACGGGCAAAUCUCACGACUAUGCCAAAACUCUAUGUGAAAUCUUCAAACAUGCUUUUGAUGCCAAGGUUAUGUCUAUGGACGAGUAUGACGUGGUGGACUUGGAGCAUGAGACACUAGUGUUGGUAGUGACCAGCACAUUUGGUAACGGUGACCCUCCUGAAAACGGAGAGAAAUUUGGAGCUGCCUUAAUGGAGAUGCGUCAUCCAACAUCCAACAUAGAAGACAGAAAGAGUUACAAAGUGCGCUUCAACAGUGUGUCAUCCUAUUCUGACACACGCAAGUCCUCCAGUGAUGAACCGGAAACAAAGACCAAUUUUGAAAGCACAGGGCCAUUCGCCAAUGUUCGGUUUUCUGUAUUUGGCCUUGGCUCCAGGGCCUACCCACACUUCUGCGCCUUUGCCCAUGCGGUAGACACACUGUUCGAGGAGCUUGGGGGAGAGCGUAUCAUGCGUAUGGGAGAGGGAGACGAACUCUGUGGCCAGGAAGAAUCAUUCAGAACUUGGGCCAAAAAAGUUUUCAAGGCUGCAUGUGACGUAUUCUGUGUUGGUGAUGAUGUGAAUAUUGAAAAGGCAAAUGAUUCUUUAAUCAGCAACGACCGCAGUUGGAAGAAGGGUAAAUUCCGCAUGACAUACACAGCAGAGGCCCCGGCUCUCACAGAAGCUUUGAACAAUAUUCAUAAGAAAAAGGUGUAUGGAGCAAAGAUGCUAGAGUCUCAGAAUCUGCAAAGCCAAAAAUCCAAUCGCUCCACCAUAUUUGUUCGGCUCCACACAAACAACCACGACAGCCUUAGCUACCAUCCCGGCGACCAUCUGGGCAUCUUCCCUGGCAACUACGAGGACCUGGUUACAGCACUCAUAGAUAAACUGGAGGAUGCACCACCUGUCAAUCAAAUCAUCAAAGUGGAGUUUUUGGAAGAGAGAAACACUGCCCUUGGUGUCAUUAGCAACUGGACAAAUGAGACCCGUAUUCCGCCUUGCACAAUCUACCAAGCUUUCCAGUACUUCCUGGACAUCACUACACCUCCAAGCCCAGUUCUGCUGCAGCAGUUUGCUGCACUGGCGACCAAUGAAGACCACAAAAAGAGACUAGAAGUCCUGAGCAAGGGCCUGCAGGAGUAUGAGGAGUGGAAGUGGUACAACAAUUCUACUCUGGUGGAGGUGCUGGAAGAGUUCCCUUCAAUACAGAUGCCCUCAACACUUCUCCUGACACAGCUGCCACUUCUUCAGCCCCGCUACUACUCCAUCAGCUCGUCUCCGGAUCUGCACCCGGGGGAGAUCCACCUGACUGUGGCUGUGGUCUCCUACCGAGCCAAAGAUGGAAAGGGACCGGUCCACCAUGGAGUGUGCUCUUCGUGGCUUAACAGGAUACAGAAGGGGGAAAUGGUGCCCUGCUUUGUCAGAGGUGCUCCAUCAUUCCAUCUUCCUAAAGACAACCAUGCUCCCUGUAUUCUGGUCGGCCCAGGAACUGGAAUAGCUCCUUUCAGGAGCUUUUGGCAGAAGAGACUGUACGAUCUGGAACACAAUGGCAUUGAGUCGUGCCCCAUGAUCCUGGUGUUUGGUUGUCGGCAAUCUGAGAUUGAUCACAUUUACAAAGAAGAAACUAUUCAGGCUAAAAAUAAAAACAUUUUCAAGGAGCUCUAUGCUGCAUAUUCAAGAGAACCUGGAAAACCAAAGAAAUACGUCCAGAAUGUACUGCGUGAGCAGCUGUCGGAGAGGGUGUACCAGUGCCUGAAGCAAGAGCGAGGACACAUCUAUGUUUGCGGAGAUGUGACAAUGGCGGGAGAUGUUCUGAAGACUGUUCAGCAAAUCAUCAAGCAGCACGGCCAUAUGAGCCUUGAGGACGCUGGCUUGUUCAUCAGCAAGCUUCGGGAUGAAAACCGCUACCAUGAGGACAUUUUUGGUGUCACCCUGCGCACCUAUGAGGUCACUAACCGCCUGCGCUCAGAGUCCAUUGCCUACAUUGAGGAGAACAAAAAGGACUCUGAUGAGGUUUUCUGCUCGUAG